AUGUUGGAUCGAGUCCAGCAUGACCCUGCAAGGAGACAGAGUGGUGGAAACUUUCCAAGGAGUCAGAUCUCAGUGCUGCAGAACAGGAUAGAGCAACUGGAGCAGCUACUUGAGGAAAACCAUCAAAUAAUAAGUCACAUAAAAGAUUCUGUGAUGGAGCUCACAGACACAGGUGCCGUGUCUCCCAGCGGCCACCUGCCUUUCAGGAGCGCCAAUGGUUCUUGGAUUCUACCCUUUGACGGUCGACCCACAUUUCUAGCCAUCAAGCCCCAGGACUGCCAGUUUGCCGGCCUCCGGCGGAGCCAUCCUGACGUGCAGAUGCUAGAUGUGUACUCGCUUUUAAAGUUUGACAACCCUGAUGGUGGAGUGUGGAAACAAGGCUUUGACAUCACAUAUGAAGCUGACGAAUGGGACAAUGAGCCUCUGCAGGUGUUUGUCAUCCCUCACUCCCACAACGACCCCGGUUGGAUAAAAACUUUUGACAAAUACUUUGCUGACCAAACCCAGCACAUAUUGAACAACAUGGUGGUGAAGCUGUCGGAGGAUCCCAGAAGGAAGUUUAUCUGGUCUGAAAUUUCCUUUUUUUCGAAGUGGUGGGAAACUGCGGAUGCACAAAAGCAGGAAGCCACACGCAAGCUGAUCCUCGCGGGACAACUUGAGAUCGUGACAGGAGGCUGGGUGAUGACAGAUGAAGCCAAUGCUCAUUAUUUUGCAAUGAUUGACCAGCUCAUUGAAGGGCAUCAGUGGCUGGAAAGAAAUCUAGGCAUUACUCCACGUAGCGGGUGGGCAGUAGACCCUUUCGGACACAGUGCAACCAUGCCCUACCUGUUAAAGAAGGCAAACCUGACCAGCAUGCUAAUCCAGAGGGUGCACUAUUCCAUCAAAAAGCACUUUGCCUCCACACGCAGCCUGGAGUUUAUGUGGAGGCAGGCGUGGGACACUGGAUCCAACACCGACAUGUUCUGCCACAUGAUGCCGUUCUACAGCUACGACGUGCCUCACACCUGCGGCCCAGACCCAAAGAUCUGCUGCCAGUUCGACUUCAAGCGAUUGCCCGGCGGCCGCAUCAACUGCCCCUGGAAAGUGCCUCCCAAGGCCAUUGUGGAGGCCAACGUAGCAGAAAGGGCGCAGCUGCUUCUGGACCAGUACAGGAAAAAGUCCAAGCUCUAUCGCAGCAAGGUGCUUCUCGUUCCUCUGGGAGACGAUUUCCGCUACGACAAGGCCCUGGAGUGGGACCAGCAGUAUACCAACUACCAGAAACUCUUCGACUACAUGAAUUCACACCCAGAGAUGCACGUACAGGCUCAGUUUGGAACUCUCUCGGACUACUUCAGUGCCGUAUACAAAAGUAAUGGGGUACCUGAAGGAACAAAGCCGACAGACUUUCCUAUUCUAAGUGGAGAUUUCUUUGCCUACGCUGACCGGGAAGACCACUAUUGGACCGGAUAUUUCACUUCCAGACCGUUUUACAAAAGUUUAGACCGCGUAAUAGAGUCACACCUCAGGGGAGCAGAGAUUCUUUACAGUUUAGCCGUGUCUAAUGCUCGCCAUGCUGGUAUGGAGGGACGUUACCCCGUGUCAGACUACGCCCUCCUGGUCGAUGCCAGACGUUCGGUGGGGCUCUUCCAGCACCACGAUGCCAUCACUGGGACCGCAAAGGAAAACGUUGUUGUUGACUAUGGCACUAGAUUACUGCGCGCGCUCAACGGUUUGAAGAGGGUAAUCAUCAAUGCCGCUCAUUUCCUGGUGUUGAAGAACAAGGACUUUUAUCGCUUCUACCAGACCGAGCCCUUCCUAGAGACGGACGACAGGCGCGCGACCCAGGACUCUCUGCCUCAGCGCACUCUGAUCGAACUAGACCCAGCUGGACCGAGGUACGUGGUUCUGUUCAACCCGGUGGAGCAGGAGCGUCUGUGUGCGGUGACGGUGCUGGUGAAUACGGUGAAGGUGCGAGUUCUCACUGAAGACGGCCAGACUGUCCCAGUGCAGCUCAGUGCUCAGUGGAGUUCUACAAGUCAAAUGAGCGCGGAAGUGUUUGAGGCCACGUUCAUGGCACGUCUUCCUCCACUGGGCCUGGCAGUGUUCCAUCUGUACGAGUCUGCGGACUCUCCCAUGACGCUGCGCUCGGACACCCUGCUUAGACUGCCCGGCCGUUCGGUGACUGCGCGCGCCUCAGACCCCCUCCCGGUCCGAUCCCUCCAGGCCGACGCACAAACCUUCUACAUCAGCAGCCAGUCGCUCAUUCUGGGAUUCUCAGGAAGCACUGGACUCCUGGAGAGCAUCAGGCGACGAGAAGACCUUCAGGAAGUCAAAGUUCAGAUGGAGUUUGUGACGUACGGGACACGCCCUUCCAAGGACAAAAGUGGAGCUUACUUGUUUUUACCAGAUGGAAAGGCAAAGCCUUACAGCCAGAAAGAAACUCCUGUGGUUCGUGUGGUGGAGGGCCCUCUUUUCUCUGAGGUAGUAGCCCAUUAUCAGCACUUCCAGCAGACCAUACGGAUCCACAAUGUGCCUGGUGUUGAAGGCUUAUCCAUCGACAUGUCGACCACAGUGGACAUCAGGGAUCAGACCAAUAAGGAGCUGGCCAUGCGCCUGGUUACAGAUGUCCAGAGUGGGGAUGUCUUCUACACCGACUUGAAUGGCUUCCAGAUUCAACCUCGGCUUCACCACCUUAAGCUUCCCCUUCAAGCCAACUUCUACCCCAUGCCGAGUCAGGCCUUCAUCCAAGACAGCCAGUACCGCCUCACCCUGCACACCGCUCAGUCUCUGGGAGUCACCAGCCUGGAGAGUGGCCAGCUCGAGGUUAUUUUGGACCGCCGGCUGAUGCAAGAUGAUAACCGCGGGCUCGGCCAGGGUUUGAAGGACAACAAGAAGACCGUGAACCGCUUCCGACUGCUGCUGGAGCACAGAGGGAUGGGCAACAAGAUGAUGGACACCGGGGUUACCAGCUUUCCUUCUAUACUAAGUCACAUGACCAGCGCCAUCUUGAAUCACGAAGUCCUGGCGUUUCCCGUCCUCCCCAAACGCAGAGGCAUUCCUCCUUUACAAACCUUUGCUCCUCUCAAGUCGGCUCUCCCCUGUGACAUGCACUUGGUGAACCUGCGCAGCAUCCAGAACCAAGAGGAUCCCCAGAGCCCAUCACCGUACACGGCCUUCCUCAUUCACCGCCUCGGCCUGGACUGUGCUGUGGAGGCUCAGAACAUGGCCUUCAACUGCACCACUACAGGGGGACAGCUUAACAUCUCUGGACUCUUCAAGAACCUGGACGUGCAGCUGCUGCAGCCCAUGUCCCUCACGCUCAUGCACUCGGGCACUGCUCUGGCGAAUGACUCCUCCGUCACUCUGGAUCCCAUGGAGAUCUCAGCCUUCAAGCUCAAGCUGCGCUAA